CUCGGCCGUGGCUGGUCGCUGUUCACUCCGGCACUGCCCCUAUCUGCAAAUGAAGGAAGGAGGUGGGAGGAAGGAGGGAGGGUCAGGCUGAACCUGUUUCUUUCCUCCUUCACUUCCUUACUACGUUUUCAUGAAUCCACUGCACUCGGUUCUCUAGGCGAGAGUGGAAAAAGAGCUUUGUGUACUGUAUGUUGGCGGUGUAUGGGCUUUGUUCUGCUGUUGCUCUCUCCUCACAUUGUCCCUUCUCCCUUCUACACUGGGGAUCUGAUGGUGUUUCCCGGCUCCGGGCUUAUUGACCGUAAGGUGAAUCCUUGCAGACACUGAACACAGCAUGGGUUCCGAUGAUUCCUACAACUUUGUCUUCAAAGUGGUUCUGAUAGGUGAGUCUGGUGUGGGCAAGAGCAACAUGCUGUCUCGCUUCACCAAGAACGAGUUCAACCACGACAGCCGCACCACCAUCGGGGUGGAGUUCAGCACACGGACGGUUCAGCUGGACACCAACACCAUCAAGGCCCAGAUCUGGGACACGGCCGGCCUGGAGCGCUACCGGGCCAUCACCUCCGCAUAUUACCGGGGUGCCGUCGGAGCACUGCUGGUCUAUGACAUCAGUAAGCAUCUGACCUAUGAGAGCGCAGAGCGCUGGCUGAAGGAGCUGUACGACCACGCGGACCCCCACAUCGUGGUCAUGCUCGUGGGCAACAAGAGCGACCUGGAUAGCGUGCGCACCGUGCCCACCGAGGAGGCCCAAGACUUUGCAGACAAGAGAGAGCUCAUGUUCAUGGAGACGUCAGCCUUGGACUCCACCAAUGUCGAGGCUGCUUUCAAUGAGGUCCUCAAAGCUAUCCAUAAGAAGGUGGCCAGCAAAGAGGUGACGCGAGGCUCCAUCUCCGCAGUGACCCUGUCCAACCCCAUCGAGCCCAAGGAUGAGGGGAGAACCUGCUGUAAGAACCUUUGAAAAGACCACCAGGGUCUCUGGUGACAGACAUGUCAUCAUCAUCAUCCUCAUCAUCCUCAUCAUCCUCAUCAUCACUAUCAUCAUCACUAUCAUCAUCACUAUCAUCAUCGUGUUCAGCUGUCAAGGUCAACCGACUGCUUGCCACAAAUAAACUGAUAGUCGGUACUAUUUGGACCCAAAGAUUAUGAUGUGGUUGCUCUAAAGUGCAGAAAUUGUAUUUAAUAUAUGGAUGGAUGACCUAAAUGUAAAACGGAGGUGGUAAGCUGGUGCUUACCAUUGCAAAGAAUGGUUGUAAAUGCUAAAAGAUGACACUGCAAUACUUUGUCUCCGUUAUUUUAUUCACAUUUAUGUUUUGAAUCCAGUAGGAUAAAUUUAAUCUUAUAAAAAAAGCUUGUCUUUU